AUGGGCGGUCUGUGUAAGGUGCCGGCUACUGCGGUUCGAAGGUGGCAAAUAGUAGUCAAUCUCCUACCUCAUUCACCAUCGUCAACAAAAUUGUCUAAAAUCAUGCCUACAGAGUUACCGUAUGCGGCAGAUGCUGAAGUAUCCCUUUCAUUUGAUGAAUUAGAGAAAGAGGAAGAAACUGGUCAUGUGACCACACAGACAAAGUUUAACUAUGCUUGGGGACUGGUAAAGAGUCCACAACGGGAACAUCAAACACAUGGUGUCCGGUUGCUCCAAGAGAUCUAUCGAGCAGAACCAAGUAGAAGACGCGAAUGCCUCUACUAUUUGGCCCUCGGUCACUACAAAAUGGGCAACUAUGAGGAUGCAAAGAAAUUUAAUAGUUUACUUAUGGACAAAGAACCAACAAAUUUACAAGCACAAAGUCUUGGAACAUUGAUUGACCAAAGCAUGACCCGAGAGGGUUACAUUGGCAUGGCACUUGCCGGAGGGGCUGCAGCUGUUGGAACAUUAAUAUUAGCAG